AUGAGCGUUCCCGAGAGAGAGGGCACGAAGUCUCAAAUUCCCUCGGAGCCAUUGUUGUCAUCAUCAUCAGCAUCACCAUGCUCCACCGGAUCAUCAGAGUCGUCGUUCGCCUCGUCAUCCUCUUCUCUGAGGGUAAAUAAGUCAACCGCAACGAAUGACAAGAAGUUCGCUGCCCCAAAGGCCAAGGUCAUGUUUGAAGGUAGUACUAUAAAAUCAAACGACGGGCAGGGCAAUGGUGUUCGGCACAAAACAAGACAGGAAAAGAAGUACCGCGGCUUCGAUAACCAGUUGGGGGGCUAUUCAAGGACUGGAUUGACGCCAUUGACGCCAUUGACCCCCAUACAAAAAGGCUCCGAACCUGAGGGAAAGCGUCUCUCACAGCAAGGGUCUAUACUAGCCAGACAGGCGUUUUCCUCUCCCAAUCUCAAGGCUCUACACGACUCUAACUAUGAGCGCGCACGACUAUUGGAAUUGUACCGAUUACAUGCCAUGCAGCAAGGUCAAAACUACGUCGAUCCGUUCUAUCGCGAGCUCAAUCCCUCCACAAGGAGCAAGAAAUCCAAACCGGUGUGGAGCCUCAACCAACCCUUACCGCAUGUACUAGAUCCAGCGUUAACGAGAAAAAUGCAGCAGAAAAGCGCGGAUGCCAAAUUUCAAGCUUCCUUCUCGAGGCCGCCUUCAGCAGCUGGGUCAGCAGACGUUUCUCGAGCGACAUCCACGUCUUCUUUGAGCGAGUGGAAGAGGGCAUUUAGACGCGCAACUUCAAGUAGAAAACUGACGGAUCUGGAGGCUCAACGUCCAGCACCUUCGGACCCCGAUGUGAAGACCUCGAAAAUACAUAUCGGAGCCGAGGGCCCCAUAACAAACAUGAAUUUCAAGGGGCAGCACAAUGCAGAGUUUACUUUGGGUGGUGACAGCUACCAAAACUCUAUCAAAGACAUUUCAGUUGACCCACCUAUUCCUGUCAACGAAAGUGCUCCCACUCGUAACGAAAUUGAAGUAGGUCCAACUAUUUCCAACCCUGACAUCGGGCGUCCACUUUCCGAAGAUGCCGAACCAAUGACCUUUCCAAACUUUUGGGCCAAAAUACGAUACAAGAUGCGAGAACCUUUUUCAGAGUUUUUAGGAACGUUGAUUCUUGUCAUUUUUGGUGUCGGAGGUAACCUUCAAGCAACAGUUACGAAAGGUGCAGGUGGUUCUUACGAGUCUUUAUCGUUUGCCUGGGGAUUCGGAUGCAUGCUUGGGGUUUAUGUGGCUGGCGGGGUGAGUGGUGGUCAUGUUAAUCCUGCCGUUACGAUCUCGAUGGCUAUAUUCCGCAAAUUCCCAUGGAGGAAAGUUCCUGUAUACAUUUUUGCUCAAAUAGUCGGGGCUUUCUUUGGUGGAGCCAUGGCGUACGGAUAUUUCUGGAGUUCCAUAACGAAAUUUGAAGGCGGCCCUCAUAUUCGGACUGCAGCAUCAGGUGGUUGCUUAUUCACAAACCCAAAGCCAUAUGUGACAUGGCGCAAUGCGUUCUUUGACGAGUUUAUCGGGGCAGCAAUCUUGGUUGGUUGCUUGAUGGCAUUAUUGGAUGAUAGCAAUGCUCCUCCAACCAACGGAAUGACAGCGCUAAUUGUAGGAUUUCUAGUGGCUGCGAUAGGAAUGGCGCUUGGGUACCAAACGAGCUUUACCAUCAAUCCUGCCAGGGAUCUCGGGCCACGUAUAUUCGCAUCCAUGAUUGGAUACGGCCCGCACGCUUUCCAUCUCACACACUGGUGGUGGACUUGGGGCACAUGGGGUGGACCCAUUGCAGGGGGCAUAACCGGGGCUUUAGUGUAUGAUGUGUUUAUUUUCACGGGCUGCGAAUCACCCAUUAACUACCCAGAUAACGGAUAUGUCGAGCAUAGAGUGAAGGCGAUUCUUCGUAGAGAGCCUGAUAUGCAAUCUAGGCCCGAAACACCUGAAACUGAGAUUGACAGAAGUAGUAACAGCGAAGCACCAGUAUCAGAUACCAAAUUGGGGUGA